GUUAGAACGAUCGAAGAUGGCAGGCAAGAGACAUGCCAAGAGGAUAUUUAGGAAGGACAAAACCUUUGCUCAGAACCUCUUUUGGUUAGUUAAGAGGUUUGACUUUUAUGGAAAGAAUAUUGUGUUGACCUUCCAGGGGGAGAAUAAGUAUAGGACUCAUAUAGGAGGCAUGGCUUCUAUUGUUGUCGGGCUUAUUGUUUUGUCUUAUUUGGGAACUUUGACGAGGACUAUGUUUGAGAAGGGAGAUACUACUUUUAUUAAGACUUCCUUUAUUAAUGAUAUUUCUAAUGAUAAUGAAGUCCAUUACCCAGCCAGACAUAGUGAUGAGACAGGAGCAGUGAAAAAUCAUUUCGAUUUCGCAUUUCAAUUUACAUCUGAUGGAACUAAUUAUUUGAAUGAAUCGAAUGCUUUCGGAUUUGAAAUUAAUUUGGUUGAGCAGGUAUGGACUACAGUGAAUGGUGAUGCUAUGACUAGUAGGACAAGGACAUCUAUUGGAUUUGAAAAAUGAGGAGAGACUCAUCUGAAUUAUGAGGAUUUGGCUGAAAUAAAAAGGCUUGGAAUCGAUGACUACUAUUGCCCUCUACAGAAUGAUUAUUCUAUAGCUGGAACAUUUUAUUCAGCUAAAUAUAAUUAUGUUGAGAUGAAACUGAAGACUUGAGUGAAUGGGACUGUUUCUAAUUGUCUCACUCCAACUCAAAUAGAAACAUUGCUAAAUAAAGGAAAAUUUUCGUUAGCAAUUGUUAAUACAGUUCUUGAUUUUAAAAACUAUGAUGAUCCUAUCCAAUACGUCAUUGAUGAUAGUUUCCACUGGGAAUUCUAUCCGAACAUUAGAAAGAAGGCUGAGUUAUUUAUUAGAAAGAACCAAGCUACUUUCAAAGACGAAAUUCUUCAAAGUUGGAGUUCCAAGAAUUCUGAGUUCUUCCAAGUUAUCGAUUCUAAGGACAGUUUUGAAUCUGUAUCUACAGAGGGAGAUGUGCUCUCAAUAUAUUGGAGAUACGAUAAGGUUAGUGACGUCUAUGAGCGUAAGGUAUAUACACUAGGUGACCUCCUUGGUCAAGCAGGUGGAUUCUUUGGUUCACUAAUUGCAAUUGGUUCCAUUUUUCUAUCUAUCUUCUCAUCACGUCUGUUUGUAUCCUCCAUUUUGAAGAAGAUAUACCAAAUUGACACAUGGCAGGAAAGGGAAAGACUCGACCCUGAUCUAAAAGAGAAUAACAAGGAUUACCUUCAGAAUCGAAGCUUCAUAUACAAAGAUGAUGGCCGAAGAGUUACAAAGCCAUAUACUCAGAGUGAGAAGUUCCAUGCAGAUACUCUCAAAACUAUUAAAAAGUUCACUGGAGUUCUAGAAGAUUCUCAGGACGAACUCAAAGACAAAGAAAAGAUGAAGGAUGGAAUCCUGGAUGAGUGUGAACAAAGUAUGAGAGAAAGAAGAAUUCUCAGAUAUGGAUAUUCCGACAUCUUCCAUUAUUUGUUGUGCUGUGUGGUUUGAAGAAAGAAAAGAUCGAUGAGGCUGAAAAAGAAAUUCAGAGAUCACCUUUAUUAUGAGGUCGGACAAGAAAAGCUAUAUGAUGAAUUAUAGGCAAGUAUUUGAAAAAUUAAGUUUAUAGACUGCGUUACCAUCAUUAAAUCAGUGCGUCAAAUCAAACUUCUUACAUCAGUCCUUCUCACUGGGGACCAAAAGUUUAUGUUGAAGUUUCAGCGUAAUAAUGUGAUUGACUCUUCAUCAUCAGGAACAUCAGACGAAGGAAAGAUGAAUAUUGUAAAUCUAUUGAAAUCAACAGAUAACCCUAAGCACUCCAAGUUGGUCAAUUCUAAGAUUCAAAAAGCAAUAUCUGACAUGCGAACUAAACAGCUUGAAGAAGUUGAUGAGAGAAUCAUUAGUGGGAUCGUUAAGAAGAGGUUUUCAGAUUCCGAUGUAGAGGAGUCUAAAUCUGAUUCACCACCAGGUGAUCAAGAAUUUGUGGAAAUCAAGGAAGCUAGCAAUGAACCCAAGAGAAUCAGCACAGGAGUCCCUUUGAUAGAAAGACAUUCUUUGGAAGAUCCUUCUUCUCAUGGGUCCAGAUUGCAAGAUAGAAAUAGAAGGAUGCCUAAAAACCCUUAUCUCAGCUCAGAUUUUGUGUAUGGAGAUAGGUCUCCUCCAGACAUGGAGGGUUCCUUGAAUGACCAGCAGAUUCAUGGGGGUGGGCUUAAGAAAUCCAAAUACUCUUACAUCAGUUCCUAAAGAUUCUUAGUAGAUAUAAUUUUGAAUGAA